CAGACACGGUUUGAAUUGAAUAGGGAGGAGAACCAAACGCGGGCUCUGCAAUUGUAAUUUAUUUUAUUUUCAUGAAACGACUUCGUUUCAAUCUCCCGCCACUCAAAAAUUUAGUCGGAAUUGUUUUCUCCCACCAAACCGCUCUGUUUACCCUCUCAUUCCCAAAUUCAAAACCCAAAUCUCAGUCUUUAUGUCUCUCUCAACUCAACCAUUUCCAAUGUCUGAAUCUAAAAACCCCAAAAUGCAUUCCUCCGCCACUUCCCUCCGCCACCUUCCGCCGCUCAAGAGAUUCCGACUCAUUCAACAACAACAACAACAAACACACCAAAAACACUUUUCCGACUCUUCACCUUUACCCGCCAAAAAACGCAGAGAAUCGAGAACCCCUUCUCCUCCUCCUUCUUCCAUCCUUCACAACUUCUCCCUCCCCGCCAAAAAACGAGUGUGGGCCCCACACCCCAAAACUCCUCCUUCAUCAAACGACAUCGUUUCCCCUCCCCAAACCUCCUCUGACGACGCCGCCGCUCCCCCCUUUGAUCUCAACAUCGAAUACAACCCUAACCUCGGAGAAUCCGAAAACAACGCCGCCGACGAUGACGACGGGGUUUUGUGCUGUGUGUGCCAGAGCACGGACGGGGAUCCUGCGGACCCAAUCGUCUUCUGCGACGGGUGCGACCUCACGGUGCACGCCUCCUGCUACGGCCACCCUUUGUCGAAGGGAGUCCCCGACGGCGACUGGUUCUGCGAACGGUGUCGUGUCGGGGAAGGCAAGAGCGGCACGCGCUGCGCGCUGUGUCCCGCGAGUGAGGGCGCGAUGAAGCGCACCGCGGACGGCGCGUGGGCCCACGUGGUGUGCGCGCUGUUCGUGCCGGAGGUGUUUUUCCAGGACCCGGAAGGGAGGGAGGGGAUCGACUGCUCCAUGGUUCCGAGGAAGAGAUGGUCGCAAAGGUGUUACCUUUGCGAGUGUUGUGACGGUUGCGGUCUGGUGUGCUCCGAGCCAAAGUGUGGGUUGGCGUUUCAUGUGACAUGCGCGCUGAAGGAGGAGCUUUGGAUUGAGUACAAGGAAGGGAAGAAAGGGGGCACCAUUGUUGCUGGCUUCUGCAAAACCCACACCCAGAUAUGGGAAAAGCAACAGCAAUCUGGGAAGUACAAAAUUGUCCCUCUUGAAGAUGGAAAGUAGGAAGAAUUUCUGAACUUACGUUGGUCGGUUAACCAAUCUUAGGAAAUUCAAAGUUUGUUAUUUUGCAGAUGAUUUUGACUAUGUUGUAAUUUUAGUUUGAAUAGGCUAUAGGAUGUGUCUUUUUGUAAGUGUUCUAAGUUUUUAGAUUAAGAUUGUGGACCACAUUUAUGAUGUGUUAGCAAUAAUGGUUGAAUUCUUAUAAACUUAUUUUAAUUAUUAUAUUGAAGUUUUCUCUAA